GGCGUGUCUGCGGGAAGAAAUUCCCCUUCGUUUCGAAGCUGUCAAGCGUUUAAGAUCUGCAGCAGACGGUUUAGUGUGUUACAUGCUUGAGGCUUGAACUGGUUACAAGGAUCUGUUUCUACAGAUAUUGCCAUCAUGAGGACAGUUUUCAUUCUUUGUGCGCUGGUCACAUUGUUGUACCCUGUGUCAUGCUGUGACACGGAAACAGAAUUUUUGAAGGAUGAUAAAUGCUGUAAGAAGUGUGGACCAGGUAAGAGGAUGUUGAUGGAUGAUAACUGCGAGGACCCGCGCUGUCAGGACUGCCAAAACGGAGAGUAUCAGAGUGGCUACACAAGGGAUACCAAAUGUGAGCGCCAGCCCAGCUGUGACCCUAAUUUACAUUUUAUGCAACAAAAUGAACCCAGCAAGACCAAGCUAAGCAGAUGUCAGUGUGAACCUGGAUACUACUGUACACAAGAUGACGACUGCAACACUUGUACAAAACAUACAGUUUGCAAGCCAGGACAGAGAGUUGUCAAAAAAGGUUCAUCGGUUAGUGAUACUGUGUGUGGGGCAUGUGAACAUGGAACAUUCUCCACCAAUGAUUCAUCUGACACCUGCAGGAAAUGGACAGAAUGUGAAUCUGGAUAUGUUCAAAACACUCCUGGCAGUUCAACCUCAGAUCAGACCUGUGUGGCUGGUACACCCAUUUACAAAGUUUUCAUUGGGGUGGGAGUUUUUGUGAUAAUCGUCGCAGUUGUAGUAUUUGUUUUCAUUAAAAAAAGAAAAUCUGGAUGCUAUAAGCUUCCCAAAAAAACCAUAGAAGUCUUAACACAGGGAGAAAUUGACGAUGUGGAGAAAGCAUACCGACCACUUUAUCAACAGCCUCAGGAGGACAUUGACAACAGCGCACCCGUCAGCCCCACGCUAAGCAACUUGACUGACAAUGGAAAUUUCGUAGCACAAGAGGAUGGCAAACCCACUAUUACCCCAACUACUGAAUCAAAUUCAUUUUCAUAGAACACAGUCUUCUACAAAGUACAGACAGCUGUACUCCCAUCACAUAACAACCAUCUAUAUACUGUAUAUAGAGCAUUACACUAUGAAGCACUGCUUUACAGCUUUGUGUCUUACAAAAUCAUAAGUGUUCUUUUUCAUGACUGAAAAAGUAGUUCUGUUUUCAAAUAUGUGUUCGCAGUUGCAUUAUUGCAGUUGCAUUAGCACUGCAAUAUGAUUGUUACAAUAUGCUGAAAAGCAUUUAAAACGAAAGGCAAUCAAAUCUAAUUAGAAGCAAAACGAAAUGAAAAAUGAAAGUGAAAAUGAAAGACUGCACUAAACAAACAUACGCAUCCCAGUGCUUUUGUUUGGUACUUAUAUUAAGGACUACACACUUAUUCCAAAAUGCCUAAAAAUUGAAGGUUUGAACAUUUAAAAAGUGUAAGUUGGGAUUGAAAAUAAUGUGGUACAGAAUUGUGUGUUAUUAUUAUUAUGUUCACAAAAUCAUGUAUAUAUUUUUUAAUGUUGAUAUAAUUUAAACUGCUAAUUGUUGUGAAAUCUGUGUUGCUUUGCAUAUUGUGUAAAUAUUUCUGUUGUAGAUUACCAGUUUGUUUUUUAUUGUGAAUUUUGUAUGGGUUUUUUUU